GAUCACAACACGACCCUCAGUGUGAAGUCGAGCUUUGCCGAGGCUCCAGUCCAUACUUGCUCCGCCGUGCGUCGUGCCAUCCAUUAGGCUCUAUGGCGGGCGACUCCCUUCCUUUCCAACAAAAGCUUACUUUUCUUGAUCUUUGUCAGCAGAGAGAGACUUUGAAUUCCCGCUGACCCGUUAUUCCGGGUGCGUGCUGAAUAGAGAAUGGAGCGCUGUCAAGUCUACGGGUGGCGUCUUUUAUGAACGUGUCAAGUGAUAUGUACCCGUACACAGUUUUGCUGAGCAAAUUCGUGUGCUUUCUGUGUACACAUGACGGACUCGAAUUUUGAAAAGAGACCUAGAAAAAAGUUUGUGAAAGUUAAAAUUAAUUUUUUUCGGUAAUUUAUAACGUACACAUUUUUUGAAAAGGAUAUUUUGUGAUAGGUUUAUAUAAUUCUGGUUUAUAAGAUGGUUGCUAUAAGCUACUAAUUUGUUGUGAGGAUUCCAUUACUCUCACUUGCCAACACUCGUACCCUGGGUGUGUGCGUGUCAACCUUAUUGCGACGAGCCUUUGAUCUCCUCGGCACUUGGAAAAAGUACCCCAGGCCUUCAGGUGUGGCCCUGGCAGGACUACUCCAAGUCCCACCUAGUGUAAAGUUCUCGUUUUCAGGUUGUUGUCUACCUGCAAAACUGGAAAGUGAUCACAAGGUGUGAAGUGAGAGUCGGACAUGUAAAGAAUGUGUGUUGCACGGACAUGUGUUAAGGUUGGACAUCAAUCCACUGGCGACACUGGCAUUUAUUCUUUUGUACGAGUAUCGUGUUCCUCCAUUAUUUCACUGUAACUGUCUGCUGGCCUUGGGAUAGUGGAAAAACCGUUUAUGCUCGUCAAUGCUUCACGACUCGGGUGGUUCAAUGUAGUGGAUUAAAUGGCGGAUGUUGUCACUGCCCUGUAACGGUGGCGUGGACAGGGACAGCGCCAAGAAACGCCGUAGGGAUGCCUACAGACAGGACCUGGAGUUGCAGAUCAAAGAGCGAGAUGCCGCACGCAUUAGAGAGCGACUCCAGGAUAUGAAUGUCAACGCAUCCGGGUGGCUCGACCCUGAAAAGCGCCCAGAACGAUUCAAACCUCUGGGUGGUGUUCACUGGACUGAACAGAGAGGUGUACGAGACAGCAAGGUGAAACCCUACCACACCCUCUUCCUCUACGGGAAAGUACCUGAAGAUGGUGACAGAAGGCAACAGACAACAGGCCAGGUAGCUGAUCAGCCGUUAAUCACCGAUCGAUCUUCGCGACCAAUCGAUUCCCACCGGGUUCAUCUUGAUACCCCAGCAGGUCUUAGAUAUCAGCCGGUUACUUACGCCGGAUCUGCACUUGGUGCCCCCAACAAUUCUGUGGACCAAGCAUACAACUUCUUCGCCACUAUGAACCUUGACAACGGCGGAGGGAAUCGGUCUAUUGUACAGCCUAUCAGCAUCCCGUACGUUGACAACAGACCAAUCAUAGUCACAGGACAGACAGGGGGAGGCGAAUAUCAUGGACCGAAGUUCAAUCCCUUUGAUCAAAAGGACGAUAUGCGAGAGAUGCGAUCUUUGCUUGGCCUUUCCCAGAUGGAGGCUGAGCGUGCCAGAGCCCGGAUGGAACGUGACAACGAGGAGUUCCAUCGCAAGCUACGGAAAGAACUGGACGACGAGAGGCGAAAGCUUCAAGACCAAGAGAGUGAGGCCCGGCGGCGCAUGGAGGAAAUGAGGAGACAGGCGGAAGAAAGGAGGAAAGAAGCCGAGCGCCAAAGACUGGAAGCCGAACGAUUGAAAAGAGAAGCAGAAACGAUGCCCAAAGCAGAACCUGUAAAACCAAGGCCAGAAAGCAAAACAGCAUUCUACAACACCAUUAAUGACUACAAGAAGCAACUAGAAGAGGAAAGGAAAAAAAUUGAAGAGCUGUUGAAAUCGCCUCCUAAGAAAGAGAAGGAGGUUUGGGAUAUUAAAGUACUUCAAAGACCUCGCAUACCACCAACACCAAAAUCUGCUGAUCGUGCUAAGAGAGAAAAUGUACAAAUAUUCAACGACCUGAAACACAGAGAUUUCGAGACCAGGCAGCAGUUCCUGAGCAUUUUCCCCGACAUUCCGUGGACUAACAGACGUCUGGAGCUGCAGCAAGAUGCACUCAUCCGACAGCAGGAAGCCAAGCUAAGGACCCUCGCCUCCACAGAGCGGACAGGAAGAAUGGAGAUCGAAAUUCCUCCCCGACGGGCAGUUAGCCGCCCCGACUGGUUGGACAGAAACCCAACACCCUUCCCUCAUGUCCUAAAGAAACGGGACAAACUGUACACAUCCCAGAGCUGGGGAGGAGAUCUUGAUCGAAUUGACAGAAACAACCAAGAGAGAGAACGUAUAAUAGGCAAUCUCUCAAGUCGUAACGAGGAGGAUGUUAUCGAUGAACUUAGACUGAGGCGACACAGGCCAGCCUCCGCAGAAACGUUGACAGACGACACGUGGCUUCGUCCGAGCUCAACGACCGAAAUAUGACGUCAGUGUUCAGUGUUCACACGAGACGCUCUUUGUGACAAGUUACCUCACUUUCAUUGCAUAACGGGCCAAGAUACUGUGAUUGAACUCUGAACUGCAGUUGCAGGUUUUCAAUUUGCUUUGUUCAAAGCCUCUCUUCGUCUUAUACACGCACCUUACUUAUGUACGAACACACACACCCAUGCAUGCAUGCACACAAAUAUAUGUACGUAUAUACAAAAGCAAGUUGAGGCAACGAUACUCACCCCUCAGAGAACUAGAUGUACCUGUACACGAGAAUACUUUAUUCCACGGGAAAUAAACUCAUCCUGGUUGUUAAUCAGUUUUGUAAAUACAAUUUGUUUGUAUCCAGUUCAAGUUAUUUUGUUCACCACUGUCUAUUCUCGAGAGAUAUUUAUGACUAGAACACCUCUGUAAAAUAUGUUUGCUAUUAUUUAUAUGUGAAAGUUGAGACAUUGUGCAACUGAUUACAAAUUAAAUCACGAAACAAAGCAGUUACAAUGGAUGAUUUU